GCACCGACGACUGGGUUUUCGUGCCAUCGGAAGGUCAGCCUGACACUCCAACCUCUAAGGACCCCAGGCCCCCGCCUGUCCCUGCCGACGCGGGCCCUGAGAGCCUGCUGCAUUUGGUUGUUGGCCUUGCCCCUGCUGUUCGCCUCGAGCGCGCACGUCGAGCUUGGAACGCUGGACUUCAGGCUCGCCAGCUUUUGGCCGGCACCCAGGACUUUCCGGACGCCACUCCGCCCCUGCAGGUCAGGUCUGGGUUCUACGUGGUCUUGCGAAACGGCAGAGGAGGAGAGCCGGCCUGCUACAACAGCUACUCCGGGUUCAAGAGGGACGUUGGGGCCCUCUCUGGGACAGACACAGUGUGCCACGGCUUCCCUACGCAAGGGGAGGGCCAGAUCUACGCGGCCGCCGCAGGCGUCCCGGCCACCUUUUCCCUUACCUUGCUCGACCUCCUGUGGCUGGUUCUCCUGGAGAAGGAGGAGGAGGAGGAUGGAAGCGAGGUGCCCGUGGAUUCUCCGUUGCAAGUGCUGGUGGUCGAUUUCGCCACCUCGGCCGCCUCGUACCUCGAGCCUUUCGACCCUGCAUCCUUGGAAGAGCCGGUGCCGUUCCUUACAGCUUCCCCGCAGGUCUUUCCCCAAGGGCUUCAGCUUGUCUCCUUGUGCAAGGGUUGGCUUCGCACGAUGGCUGCCGACCGGCUCGCUUUUUACACGGCUCCCGAAGAGGAAGAGGAGCUUCUAGAGGAGGCCCCUCCCGAGGUGCCCGCAGCCAAGCCCCGCCCGAAGCGGGUGACCACGGCACAGCUGGCCGACCAGCUGGGAUCGAUCAGCCAGCUCUUGCCCACCAUCACCAGCCAGCUGAAGGAGAUCUCCGAAAAGCAGGCAAAGGUGGAGAGCCGGCCGGCCGAGCCCGCUCUGGCUCCGCACAGGAAGCCCUUCGUGUUCCCCACCGCAAAGGCGACGGCGCCCGCCCCCGCAGAGGAUGGUUUUUUGCAAGACACGCUGGAGCUCGGAGACCCUUCUGCAGGAGGUCUCGGCGAAGGCCUGGCAACCUCGGCCCUGACUCAGCAGACUCAGGGGCCCCGGGCCUUUUCGUCGAAGGGCAGUGCCAAGAGGGAGCGCCUCCUUGCCGAGCUGGCCGAAAGGAACGGCUCUUUCAUGCUGGCCGUUGCCCAGCAGGGCUUCCGCCGGAUGUACCCUUCGGAAAAUGUUCCCCGGACUCUGGACGAGUUCCGGGCCGAGCCUCGCAGGUUCACCUUCGGCCAAUAUCUGGAGAGGUAUGGGGGGUAUGGGGCCCAGAGGGAGCUCGGCCUCACCAUGCACAUGACCACCCAGAUUGCCGACGUCCUUUUGUCUGGGGAGACAGACGCCGCCCUGGACCUGCUGGCCUUGAUGGUGACCUGCCUGGAGCAAGUCUGCCAAGACGGUGGGAAGUGGGAAGUGGGGUACACCCUAUCUCUCUUCCCGGAGCCGGCCCACCAGGUCUUUUCUUCGAGGGGCAGCCCGCAGAAUCCCAGGCUGAGGGCCUGGGCUCCUUUGUGCCCGGCCCCGUGGGCCACCACCGCCCUUGCCUUCCUGAAGGAGGCAGACAAUAUCAUAGCCCGCCGGCAAGAGGCCUCAGCAUCGGCGACCUCAUCGAGGCUGGUGCUGGGCCAGUUCAAGAUGGCCACUGCAAUGCCUCUUCAGACCUUCCUGAGGUCCUUUGCCUGCAUGACCUCCUGGCGCCAUGUUUUAAUUCCCAGGUUCUUUGCUUGCGUGACCUUCUGGCGCCAUUUUAUAAUUCUUCUGCUCGCCCAGCUUCGCCUCGACGAGCUAGCCCUCGGGCUUGCGACCCCGCCUCGCCGCCUCCUGCUCGGUGAGGUUUCUGACAGCCUCACCGCCCUCGGGUUCUCCUCGGAUAAGUGUGGGCCCGGCUUCCCCGGCCUGCUUAAGUUGUCGGGCAGGGCAAACUGGGAUCCGUCGGAUUACCUCGAUGACCUCUUCUAUUUGCCGUUUCGGGUCCCGGACCUCUCUAAGGAAUCUGCCGUGAAGGUGUAUGACCUCGCCCGCCGCUGGGACAGCUUUGGCCUACUCCGCCUGGCGUGCACGGGGCCCUCCCCUAGGCAGGAGUUCUCGAUAUCGGUGACAGAUAGAUCCGACUUUUACCACCAAUUGGCAGUGCCUCCCCGGCGUGCACUGAGAAAUGUGUUGGUGCCUCCGAUUGAGGCUGCUCGGGUUGCUGAUCUUCGGGCGUUUCAAGCCCAGCCCCUCCUUGAUGAUGUGCCCUCCGGCCUCAGGCGCGGCGAGCCGAGCAAGAAGCUCUUUGCCUGUUUCAAUGCCGUGCUUCAGGGGGAUGCGCUGGGAGUGGAAGUUGCAACUUCCUCCCAUGCUCGCUUGCUUUGCUCGGGGGGCCUCCUCGACCCGGCCUCCAGACUGUGCGGGGGGCAGACGUUUCCACACGGAGCCCCUGAGGAUCUGGUGCAGGGGCUCAUAAUAGACGACUUUUUUGCGAUUAGCUGUCCCGAGCUUGGAGCCAAAGGCCCCUCCCUUGCUUCCCGUGCGCUCGCUCAUGCCCGCGCUAUAUAUGCCAGGGAAGGCCUUCUGGGGUCUGUCGAGAAAGACAUAGACGGCAGCUGCUGUGCCACCGUAGGGGGCGCUGAGCUCGAUGCUUCCGCCUCUACCCGCUCCCAAAGGAUCGCCACCGUCGGGCCCCCCAGGGCAAAGCGGCUCGGCCUAGCCGCCAUCAGCCUCGAGAGCUGCCGGCUGAGGAAGACGAGUGAUGUACUUCACCUUUGCUUGGUCGGGGGCUGGGUCUCCGGCUUCUGUUAUCGGAAGGCCCUUAUGGCUUGCUUCGACAAGGUUUUCUCCUUUGUGAACGCCACCGAGGUUGACUCUAACAGCCCCCAGGUCGUGGAUUUGCCCAGGUCUGUUGCUGACGAGCUCGUCGUUGCCGCCGCGUUGUCGCACCUCCUCGCCAGUGACGUCUCGGCCCCCUGGGCUGAAAGGCUUUUCGCCGCCGACUCCUCCGAGUCCCGGGGGGCGAUUGUGCAGAGCCCCAUCAGCAAAGAGACCACCUCGCUCCUUCGGAGCUCUACCUUCAAGGCCGCUGGUCCUGCUCGGCUUUUGUCGCGGGAGGAAGCCGCACUUCGCCGGAUAGAUCCUGACUAUGAGCCCCGGCUUCCUCCCCCCCUUGAGGGCUCAUCACCGAAACGCCCUCCAGCCUGCCGCUUCCACUACCUCCAGCUCUGGGGUGCUUCUAAGGGUAUCGGCCACUACCUUGAAGCUCUAGGUUGGACCACGGGGCCCUGCAUCGACCCCAGGACCUCUGUGGAAUAUGACCCGAGCUCCGUGCGUGUGUUCGAGUGGGCUGCUUUCCUUGUCGAGGCAGGAGCCCUGGCAGCCGUUCACGUGGCACACCUGCUGGCCGAAGGCACGCUGUUCCUGUCAGUGGGUUUCCCCGCUUUUGAGCUCUUGGCUCAGAGCUGGCGCCGUGACCUCCUUGUGCAGCCUCCUGAACCCGGCCUCGGCGAGGAGGUCUGGCUCGAGGCUGCUGCUGCCUUUGACUUCUCCCUUUGCCUUCGCUCCCAGGCUCUUGCCAGCUGUCGCCUCGACGCGGAGGGCCUCGAGACACCCCUUGUCAACGACCUUGCGCUGUCCUCGAAGUGGACUACCCUACGCGCCUGGAAAUGGCCAGGCCCGGUGCACAUCAACAUCCUUGAGUGUUCCUGCGUCUACCGGCUUAUGUGUUCCCUCGCUCGUUGCUCGGGCCCUUUGCGGUUUGUGACACUGUGCGACAGCGCUGUGACCUGCCACGCCUUGCGAAAAGGUCGCAGUCCCUCCGCAGGCCUCCGAAAAGUCCUCCGCAGGAUCUCUGCUGUCGGCCUUGCCUUUGGACUUUACCCAAGUGCGCCCUACUGCCCUACGCGUCUUAUGCCGGCCGACCACCCGUCCCGAGGUGCUGAGAUCCCGGACCCCUUGCCUAGCCGACUUGGCCACCUUGUGGGUUAUAGCGCGCUGCUUCCGCUCACCCGGAUUGUCCCGUCUAGGCGCUGGGCUUCGAACUGGCUCCGGCUGUUCUUUGGGCUUACCAGCUACAGGCCUCUUGGCGCUGGCGAGCUUUACCGGUACCAGGGCCACUCCUUCCGGACUUUUGUCCCUUGCCCCCUCGACUUCUGUUCCUGGGGGCCUGGCUUGGCCCCUUCCCACCUCGACUUAGUGCGGGCCCCUCGGCCUUCCUCGCCCCCCCUGGUGGACUUCGAUUCCUCACUUGGCUUUCCUGGUGAAGGGCCCCAGGCCGAUAGAGACUGCUUCCCUCGUCCUUCCAGGCCUCCCCUUGUGGACUUCGAUUCCUCGCUUGGCUUUCCUGGUGAAGGGCCUCUUUGUCAGAGCAAGUGCGCCUUCCCCCUUGGGUUCUUCGUUCUUCUGUUCCUUCAGGGAGUUCAGGGUCCGGUUCCUUUAGCUACGAGCCAUGGCCUCCUACUGCCGCGCUCUGCCCGAAACCGCCAGAGACAGGAGCGACGUGGAGCCGGUGACCUUCCUGCGGGACGACCUGUCGAGCCUGUUACACAGAAAAACCGUGAGGCUCUUUGGGCCUCUUUUUGUGAGUGGCUUGCCACUGCUGGGAUCGAACGCGGCCUUUUCGAGACAGCGGAGGGCCAGCAGGACAUCGAUGGCAUCAAUGCCGUACUCGGGCGGUAUGGACGUGAGCUUUAUAGAGCUGGCCGCCCCUACGCUCACUACUCCGAAACCCUGAACGCUUUUAGCAGCCGGGUGCCGAAGCUCAGGAGACUUCUUCAGCCGGCCUGGGACGUAGCCUUCGCUUGGAGGAGAGAGGAGCCCUCCCUCCACCAUGCUGCUAUGCCGUGGCAGGUGCUGGUCGCUUUGGUCGCCACCGCGCUGCUAUGGGGAUGGGUGAAGGUCCUGGGUGCUCUUCGAUCUGACCUCCUGCUGCCCUCGGACGUCCAAGGGACAUCGGACUAUGCUCUUCUAUCCAUACGGAACCCGAAGACGAGGUUCUCAGCUGCAAGGCACCAGGCUGUAAGGGUCGACCAGCCUAACCUGCUCGCGGUCCUUGAGCUCGUCUACCAGAAGGUUCCUGCGGGGUGUAAGCUCUGGCCCUUUUCGGGUCAGACCUUACGCUCGCGCUUUCAGCAGCUGUGUGUCGCUUUACAGCUGCCCGUCGGGAGAUCGCCUGGGAAGAACGGCCUCGAGCUCUCCUCGUUGAGAGCUGGAGGCGCUACCUGGUUGAUGAAUACUGUCGAAGAUUCUGAAUUUGUCAGGCGCCGCGGAAGAUGGUUAUCCAGUCGGAUAAUGGAAAUCUACAUUCAGGAGGUGACUGCUUUACAGUUUCUUCCGACUCUCCCGGCUUCCGCGCGAGAGAAGGUGUUUCUGGCUCUCGAGACGUUUCCAGGGAUACUUGACCGCGUGGUCUUCUUCGCCUCUGUCGGCAUUUUGCCGACAGUCUGGUACAAGCUGCUGGCCGAGGAUUCGUUCACGAUGACGGAUGGGAGGAAUACGGGUGGCAGGCUGCGCAAUGCAGUAGCUGCCCAACAAGGGCGGCAUGUGAACUUCACUUUCGCUCGUCAGAAGAGAAAAGAGUGA